UCCUAUUGUCAAAUUGUCAUGUCAUCUGAUGUCAUUUGCUUACGAGUCGCGAAUAAAUAUUCAAAAUAAAAUAACUAUGAUUAGCGUUAAUUUUAGUAAUUAGGCCAUAAUCUUACGUACACUUUAAGUAUAAUGUUAAUUUAAACUUAACACGUUAGGGGCUCAAUUUUUUCAUAAAUAUUCAUGUGACUUAAUACCUUCAAGGUUGAACAUUUCGUAUCAAACUAUCAUGUUGCCUUCGGUAGCCGCUAAGUGUUUCUACAGAAAAUUAAGUAGACAUUCAAUUGAAAUAAAAUACUUGCAUUCAUUAUGCUUUGGUGCACCCAAGAUAUUUCGACGAGAUAUUAUACACGAAAGCAAGGAGCUAUGGCGAUAUGUUCACAGUUCAGCAUACCUGUUGGAUAAGACCAAAUCUAAAAAUGUUGUCGAGUCGGAGAAAGUUGCAGCUGAGAACGAAAAUGUCAAUAAAGUAAUAAAACAAAGUCCAACUGGCGAUAUCAUAGUUAAAACGGAAACUGAUGCAAAUAAAGUGGUAACUAAAGUUACAAUCGAGAAACUGAAGCCACCUGAUAAACCAGCAGAUGUACCUCCACCAAAACCAGCAAAGAAAAGACUUUUAAUAGAUUUUUCAGCAUCUUAUACUGAAAGAAAUUUUAUAACUCCUAUGAGAGCCAUGACAGAGUAUCUACUGAAGCAAUCUGAUUUGGAGUCUUUACCUAAAGUUCUAAGAAGGUCUCCUUAUGAGUCUGAGCCUCCAAUAACUGUGUAUUACCGCAAGGAUGUAGAAGCAAAGGCUUUGGAGAUUUGGGGAUCGAAGGAAGCGCUUGAAAAGGAACUAUUAAGAAGAGAGUUAGAUCGAAGAAGAUAUGAACAAGAUGUGUUUACUGUAAAAAGGAGGCUAAGAAAUUACAGAAGAGAAAUGAGCCACAAACGUCUUAGAACUGGAGUGGAAGAGAUGGGACUAAAAACUAGGUCUGGGAGGGUUGUACUUACAGCUGUGGGAAUAAACGGCUGUAACUUUUUAUUCAAACUAUGUGCAUGGCUGUACACUGGGUCACACAGUCUGUUUUCUGAGUGCAUCCACUCCUUGGCUGACACAGUGAAUCAACUGAUUCUUGCAUAUGGGAUACAUAAAUCUGUUCAAAUGGCAGAUCCAGCUCACCCAUAUGGCUAUACAAAUAUGAGAUAUGUCUCCUCCCUCAUAUCUGGUGUUGGGAUAUUUUGUGUAGGAUGUGGCCUAUCUUUCUACCAUGGAGUUACUGGUAUAUUAGACCCUCAACCCCUUCAUGAUUUUUACUGGGCUUAUUUCGUUCUUGGCGGCGCUGUAGUGUCAGAGGGCGCUACAUUAAUGGUAGCUUUGAAUGCUAUCCGAAAAGGUGCCAAGGAGGCUAAUACGUCAUUAUAUGAAUACAUAAUGCGCAGCUCGGAUCCAUCGGUAAAUGUGGUACUUUUGGAGGAUACUGCUGCCGUAGCUGGCGUCAUCAUAGCCGCAGGGUGUAUGGCUUUAUCCCAGUAUUCCGGCAACCCAUUAUAUGACGCUGUUGGUUGUCUCCUAGUCGGAACUUUACUCGGUGGAGUAGCCUCCUUUAUUAUUCUUACCAACGUAGGAGCCCUUGUCGGCAGAUCAAUACCGCAAGAGCAACUGGACCAAAUAAACAGCGUUUUGGAACGAGACUUUAUGAUAAGAGCUAUUCAUGACGUCAAGGGCAUAGAUAUAGGCAGUAAUCUAAUAAGAUAUAAGGCUGAAGUUGACUUCGACGGCAGAGCUCUGACAAGGUCGUACUUAGAGAAACACGACUUGAAUGCAUUAAUAGAGGACAUGAAAAAAGUAGACACCAUUGACGAUGUAGAAGCAUUCUUAUUGAAACAUGGCGAAAAUAUUGUAGAUAUGUUAGGCGGUGAGAUUGAUAGAAUAGAAUUAAAACUACGGAAAAAGUUUCCACAAAUCCGGCACUGUGAUUUAGAAAUACUUUGAAAUGUAGCACCAAAUAUAUAACGUUAUUUCAUACAUGUAUGAGAGCUGCUAACUAGUCAAAUAGCAAAGCUCUUUGCAGAAAGCCUACAAUAGUAAAAGCGGCUUCAGAGACAUUGGUUGUAACGUAUAUAUCUUUUGCUAAUGUGUGUGUAUGGCGUAUCCACAGAAGAAGUAUUUCUUACUUGGGACUGUAAAUGUGUAAAAAUGUUUUGAAAAAAAUCAAAUAAAAUCUAGCAAACUUAUGGUAUUUAAAUCAUAGCAAAGUUUCAAAGGACCUUGUAUAGAUUUCUUUUGGUAUCCUAUAAGCCAUGGAUUUAUGGAGCAUUGGUGCUAAAAGAAGCAACACAGUUUGUAAUAUAAUAAGUACCAUUGAAUUUGUUCAUAUUAUGUGUAUAUAUACAAUUACUGUACCCUUAUAAAUCGCACAUAUUUUACAGCAUUUGAUAUAUUUGAUAGUAUAAAGGUAUAUGGUUUUGUUGGUCCUGGGUGUUUUAUAUCUUUUCUGGAGAGGAACCUGGCUUUUUACUAUUUCUUAUAACUCCACAGACGCAAACAUUAAUGAAAUAAUUACCUUACACAUAGAUCCCGCACCUUUAAGCUAGUUUCUUCUGUAGAAUUAUAACGUAGUCAGUAAAGAAAUAGGCUGCUUGCUUGGCUUCAUCUAGUUAUUUGUAAUAGAUAAGUUCUUGAGUCCCUAAUACUCGAUAUUAUAUUUUUAAAUAUUUCCACAGUUUAUAUUGGAUCGGAAGAUUGUCGCAAUUUCAUUCAUCUACUAGUCUGAACUGGAUAUGAGAUGCGAUACAUAGAAACGACCUUUAUAUGUUCCUAUAUCUAUAGGUGUACAAAAUAGAGGGCGUAAUUUCUCCUAUAAAAGUACCUAGUUCGCUACUAUCUGAACAUUUUGUGCAUGACUUCAAGAUAUAAACGGAAUUAAAGCGACAUUACCGAGUAUUUAAAAAUAUAAAUAAAACUUUAGAUUGGAAGACAUUCCAGAUUCAAUCGCCCCUAGUUGACUCGUAGGCGUAAUCUUUCUCCACUUUUGUUGUUGUAACAGUUGUGCCUUGGUUUUCAUUAUUCUCAAAUUAGUUUCCUGAUAUAUUGUUGUAUUUCUCUGUGAUCUAGGAAUGUAUUUUAUGUAUGUAAUCUAUAGUGUAAUAAGUACUAUGUAGGCGUAAAAGUAAUUUGUAAGCCCCCUUUAUGUUCUGUAUGUAAAUAAACUGUUAUAAUAUUUA